AAGUAAAGCAGACCAAACAGAUCCGACACAGGUCAGAAGGGGCAGGAGUUUGCAAAAGAGCUUGCAAGUUUUACCUUGUGAUGAAGAGAGAAGUUAAAACAUGACUGCUCCUACCUAUCGAAACCUCUCUCUGAUGUCUGUCCCCUUAACUGCUCAUCUGUUCUCAACUGUCUGCUACCGCCAUCUAUACUGCCAUGUGGUUAGAGACACACUGGAAGAACAUCCGCCAAGCCUUGUUGCUUCUUUUCACUGCUGCUCUUCUCAUUGGGGUCACCAUGCUGGCCAUUUCAUCUAACAUCAAUCCAGUAGGCUAUUUCUUCCUAGGGGUAGGGGGAGUGUGCCUGAUCGGGUAUUUGCUGAGUGUGUUUGUCGAGUGUUACCUGAAGAAUCAGCACCAACACGAGGCAAAUGAAAUACCUCCAAGCAGACAAAGCCAAGCAGGGGUGAACGCUGCCUAUGAAGCACCCACAUAUGAGGAGGUGAUGACCAUGUCAGUUCCACCAAUAUGGACAAUUGCAUCCAAUCCAGGCUUAGUGCCCUCACCAUUGAAUGAGCCUCCUCCUUACAAUGCAGUUAUUGAAUCAUCUGCCCAAGAACAGGCGAUGGUGGAGGCACUCAGGGUGUCAGCAGCAUCAGACACAAGGCACACCUCUGAGACAGACACAGGCUCCAGGAUGCAGUUGCAGCUGGUGCUGCCCCCAAGACCGCAGCGGUUUGUUUCAGACAUCCAUGACGUGAAAGGUACCGAGGACAGGUUUGAGCCACUGGAGCCACUCACUCCACCACCUGCUUAUGAGAGUGCCAUCAACGAUGAGGUCUUUGAAGAUGCUUUCCAGCCCUCCAUGUUAUGAUUAAUUUCACCUCCCAUGAAUGCAGAACCAAACCUUCAGCCCAAUACAGGGUGCUCCUGAAGGGAAGGUGAAAGAGCUGAGAUUUUUCAUGCCUGAAACUGUAAAAGUUUGUCUCACCAUUCUUUGAACCAGAGCUGAACUACAGAUACAGCUUACACAAAAUACAAAUCAAUGCAACACCGCAAUGCUUUGUCUUGGCAGAUAUGUAAAACCACUAUGAGGAAAGUUGUGUUAUGUAGGGCAACAAUUCUCAAACUGGAGAUACACCGUCAUGGGGGAGGAGAGUGAACCACGAGAAGAGACAAGGUUGCCAAAGGACCUCUGAAGAAGGACUGUAGGAUGCAGCCAGGAGAAGCUGCCUGAGAAAGGGGAAGGAUAGAAACAGCACGAAGUAGGUUCUGCCUGUGCAUUACAAACAGCAGCACUGCUGAGAGCUGUGCAAUGAUCAGCCACCCUAAAGUCCCUACUGAGAGACUGAGGCUGCAGUUCCCUGACUUGCUGUUUUGCAGCAACGCAAAUUUAUGGUUUGCGCUGUUUGUUGCUACCCCUCUGUCACACUUGCUCCACGUCCUCAGCUGUGCUGCACCAGAGCGUGACUGAGGGGAGGGUGGCUGUCUUCAUAUGGAAGCUGGCACCACCCGAUACCUGUCACUUGGGGCUGAAAAGCUGACGGCAAGCACGGCACCGUGAAAUGACUUCUGUUGUUGACAAGGUUCUCAUCCCACACAGCCUGCAGUGGUGGACAAGAGGGAGAUAAUAGCAGUUGUCCUCCUAUAAGAGAGGCCAGCAGUGGGAUACAUACACAUACGUACCCUCUGCCAGCACCACGAGCCUUCGCAGCUCUACAGGAGGGUGUAUUCUCUGCUGUACUACAGCUCCAAACAGAUGGCUUGAGAUACUUUAUUGUCAUCAUGGCAAGCAUUUGCACAGAAAGGUCAACGCUCCUCCAGUUCUCCAUAACGACGCUGUGCAUGGAAGCUUCCCUCUGGACUCUGGAAGGGGCCAGUCUGUCUGCCAAGGCCACAGCUGCAGCAGAGAGCACCUAAGAAUAACAAUCCUGAGGCACAUGUGGUCUUCAUCAUGACAGCUCUAGGUUGGAGCCAGGUUCCAGCUCCCACUGAUCAGCGAUGCUGUGCGGUCUUUUAAAAUGGUGACUUAAACUGAUAGGUUGUGCAGCGUUAAAGUGGUCUGCAGUAUGGAGAGAGACAUUAAUGUCUGGUGAAUGUCCAAAUAAAAAAAAUUAUAUGGUGGUCCAAAUCUCCUUAUGAAGGACAGCAGCAGUCAUCACAGCCUUGUCUCAUACGACUGUAUCAUCUUUAAUUCAUAUGAGGAGCCAUCAAACCACAGGCUACAAACAAAUAAAUUAUUUCUAAUUGUUUGAUUCUUUAUAGUUCAAAGAAAAAAAAAGACCUUUAAUGUUGUUUAUAAAUAAAUGGGACUGCAUUAAAA